CAUCCUUGAAUUCUCUCAGUAACCUCUGUACUGCUGUUUAUCAACUGUUUCCGAAUUUGAAACUUUGCCUGGAUUGCCAGGAAGGACAAAGAGUAGUAAUUUUCUCUCAUUUCGAAGACGUCUCCUGUUCACUUCAGAAUUUUUUAAAAAAUGACUGAAACUCCUCUACUGAAUAUUCCCACCUCAAACCAGAGUGAAAAUCAGAGUAACUCAACUGUUUGCCCAGAACUGGAUGACUGGUGGGACAUCGUGUACUACAUAGGACCCAAGUACAUCAACACUGUCUGCGUUAUUGGUAUGCUUGGAAAUGUGUUUGUUCUCUUCAUUUAUUCACUGCACAAGGGCCCCCUGAAGAUAGCUGAAAUCUACCUUAUGAACCUUGCUGUUGCUGACCUGAUCUUCCUCACAUGCCUCCCUUUCUGGGCAGAGAACAUCAAUAAUGAGUUUAACUGGCCCUUUGGCAGUUUCCUGUGCCGCAGCAUCAGCGCCUCCAUCACCCUGAACAUGUACACCAGCAUCUACCUGCUCGUGGCCGUCAGCGUGGACCGCUAUUUGACUUUUGUCCACACCUUGAACCACAGAGAGAUAUGGAGCAAAUCUAUGACCAAAGGGAUCUGCUUGCUCAUCUGGUUCUUUUGCAUCCUUCUCAGCGUCCCAGCUUUCAUGUUCCGGACUGUGAAAGACUUUCCCCAGUGGAAUAUUUCAGCUUGCACUUUGGAGUUCCCCAGCCCAUCGUGGGAAGUAGCUGAAAGCCUGGUAGGCAAUGUGGUGGGGUUCCUGCUGCCGUCCACAGCAAUCAUCUUCCUCAAUUUCUCCACCAUUAGGUCCCUACAAAAAACAGCGAAAGAACGAAAAGCACUCAGAGCAAAGGGUUGCAAGAGGCACAGAGGCACAAAGGCAACCAGGCUGAUCUUCACUGUGGUACUGAUGUUUCUUUUCUGCUGGACUCCUCACCAUUUUUUUGUAUUCCUUGAUAUAUUAUACCAUACAGAAGUGAUAAAAGGCUGCUUCUGGGGGGAACUGAUCAACUUUGGGGAGCAGUUUUCUUAUAUGCUGGCUAUCACCAACAGCUGCAUUAACCCCGUGAUUUAUGUCUUUGUUGGGAAAUACUUCAGGCAAAAGGCUUUAGAAGUUUUUUCACAGUUUAUUCCCUGUGGAUUUCCUUCGAGAUGGGUAUCUUUCAAAGAAAUGUCUUCAAAUUUCAACAUGUUUCCAGUCAAGAGUAGUUUAACAUAAUGAUUCUCAGUUCCUCUUCAUCUUGAUAUUAUAACUUAUUUUAUGCUGCUGUAAAUGACAUUAAAACUUAACAUGAAACACUCCGAUCUGGCCUUCACAGACCAAGAUAAUUAUCUAUAAAAGUAAAUCACUUGAUUGAUUGCUUACUUUUUCCUCAGGCUUGCUUUUCUAGUUCUGUGUUAUCCAUCCAAAUGUAUAACGUGUGAUGCCAGAAUUUUUUACCAAAUUAUCUAACCUGUCUUACCUAUUAACAGUGGCUUAAAAACUUUUUGACAAAAUACCAGAAAUCUGGUUUCUUUGCAGAAAGCCAUAAGCCAGCUGAAUAUUUUGCUGAAUUGUAUCUGUGAUGACAGCUACUAUACCACCUUUAACACUAUUCAUAAAAUUACAACAGGUAUUACAGAGCAAAUAUGAGCUUCAUCUUUAGCUGAUAAAUGCAUUUAAGCAGGUAUGGGAUAACUUUGGUCAUUUUGAACAAAAUUUUCACUGAUUUGCAUUUUUACAGUAAGAUCUAGAGAAUUUUUUUGUGCACUUUAAUUACGUGCAGUUCAUAACUAUUGCACAAGAGGAUGUAACACAAAGAAAGUGUACAGAAAUUGUGAAAAAAGCAAGGUAACACAGUUGCCUCUUCAAAACUUGAUUUUUGCUGAUCCAGUAAAGUAUUACAAAAUUGCUCAUAAAGUACUGUAAAGAUCCUUUUUAUUUUUUAUAUGUGAAUAUAUCUAUGAUGGCCACUGAUACAGUAUUAAUUAGAGGCAAAUCCUUAGAUACAUAUUUAUGGUUUUAUGAAUCAAAAUUAAUAAACUAUGUAACAUCUUAUUUUGCUUCAUAGUCUUGUUCUUUCUUAUAUUUAUUUUUUAUAUUUUGUCUCUUUCCCCUUAAUCCUUUGGGAAAGAGCAAAUAUAUAGUUCUGUCAUUAAAAAUCCUUGUUGCUACCAGAACACAAACUCUCAUAGUUAAAAAAAAAAAACAAAACAACUUUUCCAUCACAGCCAAAAUGGCAGAGUAGAUGUAAAGCAACUGAGAUCAAAUUAUGUGUAAGUACAGACAUGGAAAAAGAUAGAAAAGAUAGUGCAGCCUGUUCAGCCGGAGGAUGUUGGUGCAGAAGGGAGCAUCCAGACACACCAUUUGUAUAACAAUUCAUUUAACUCCUCACUGUAAAGCCUGUUCCGUUCAGCCUUUACAGUUAUUCACUGUAACAGCACCACAUUUUCUGUGGCUCUUUUUUGUGUUUCCAUUUUGAAUAUGUAAUUAAUCUCUUAUUUGCUUAUAGAAAUCUGCCUAUUCAACUUCAUUGCAAUAAGAUUAGUGUUAAUUUUUAAUGGUUCUUUCAAACUUUUUGAAUCUGAACAGUGGAAGCCUUUUGAAGACUCAAAAGUCUAUCUUCCUGCAAUGAUGGUUUAAGAAUUAGGGGUGGAUUAAGGGAUCAGGGAGGAAGAAUCUGUCAUAGGUUUACUACUUCCACUGCUUCUAUGACAGAUGUUUUUAAAAUAAAUAUCAGGCUUAAACACCAGUAAUAACAACAGCAUGUGAAGUCCCCUGACUCAUCUGAAAUCAAAUUCCUAAUUCCCGUCUAUUGUAAACUUUUGAACACUGCAUCUAUUUAAUACAUCCCCAGCUGAAUCUUUAAUUCAAAAAACUUCCAAGCAGAGAUAUUUUCUUGGGAAAGGAAAGGGGAGGAAAGGAAGGGAAAAGGAAAAAAAAGGAAAAGGAAAAGGAAAGAAAGUCUGAAAUAGUGAAAAAGGUGCAGAAAAAGAAGUUCCAUUUUCUCACUACAGAUAAGGACCUUUAAAGGGAAAAAUAUUUUGUCUCAUCUGACUAACACUUGUUUGUGUUAUUCAAUGUACAAAUAAAUGGAAAAAACACU